GUUCCAACCAACGCGCAUGAAGCGCAUGCACCCUUGAGGCCUUCAUCACCUGUGACCUCUGCUUCUGCCUCCGUCAAUGGGAACUUCUACACUUUCACACUUGAAAGGUUGACAGAGGGUCUAAUUCGGGAUUUACCAUCCAAGCUCAGCGCAGUAUUGUUAGCCCAGAAUUGUUUUUGUUAAGUCCCUGAGGUACUCUAAUUUGUUAUUAGCAUGGGAUCGACGGGCAGUAACACAUCUCAAUUCCCUACGUCGUUGAGCGGGGUCGAUGGAUUGGAUUUGCAACACAGCGACGCCAUCACCCGUGCGGUUCUUCGUCUUCUCGACACGGAACUUGCGGUACAGACCUACGGUCAAAUCAUCGAUGGUGUUCCCCUCUGCGACGUUGCCCGCGGCCAACAAGGUCAUCGAGUCUACAGAGGUCACCCCCUUGAGAACCACAAUACUCUUUGUCCAGGGGUCGUGGACACUGUCAAGCAGUUCCGAGCCGAUUUUAACAUGGAGAGGUUGAAGUUCGACACAAAGCUACUUGAAGCAUUCCAAGCGGCAGCCCCGAACUCACGUCCAUUUCAGCUUCGCCUCAUCGAGCUCACUGCCGUAACCGUCCACGAGAUUGCCGUUAUUUUGCACAAGGGGAAGAUGCGACUACACGAUCGGCACACUACCGAUCCCAGGAAUUCGGUCGAACAAGUGACCCGGUGGCGACGACAGGUUGAACAAGACACCGGGGACAGCAGGUACCCCCCAAUCCGACUACUCGGACCUUGGCCAACACUCUUCACGCACCCGCAGUACUGUAAUUAUCCCGAGUAUCCCGAUGGUCUGGCCGACAAUGUGGGCUACUGGGCCGAAGACCAGAUAUUUGGUGGCGUUGUGCUCUUUGACCGGUCGCAGCCGUGGAACACGCCAGUAGCCGACACGCUUGCGUCUCCUGAGCCCAACUUCUAUUUGCACCCUGCGAGGUACGAAGUCACGCGCCGGCUUUGGCAGGUUAAAGACGAGGAGCAACUGGCCCUAUUGGACUUUAUGCUCUCCCCAGCCCCCGCGUCGUCCUCUCAGCCGGCAAACGCCCCCCUGCCCCUUCUUCCAACAUUGGACCACAGAAUACGCAUCGAUCCUCAUUAUGCCAUGUUCCGCCAUAAGGUUUAUAGGGAUAUAUGGGAGCGCCCGGAACCCACAGACGAGGAUUGCUACUUUUGGGAUCGCCGGCCACGGAACUCACUCGAUUACCCAGAGUUGGAGGAUCUGUUCAGGAGACUUGGAGUGACUCGACUAUAAAGCGUCCAGAUUAUUGAGUACCUCGAUUUCCAUGUCGGUUCAACGUAUUCUCACCCGGGCACUGUAGGUAGGUAGGGGGGCAGGUAGGUACCUACCUCGGUUGGUACCUACCUAGGUAGUCAGCUGGUUCCGAUCUCGCUUCGGUUCCAAUUUCAAUUCACAUAACUAUCCCAGGG